AUGGUUUCAUCUUCUUCUUCCCUCUUUGUGUCUCGUCCUGAUCAUGCUUGCCUCAUGGUGGUGUUGGUUCGCUUCGACGAAUUGAGGAUGAAGGCUAAGGUUCCUCGAUUCUCUGCAUGGAUGUGGGGGGGUUGUGGUUUCGAUCCUCCUUCUCUCAAUGUUGGGCAAGGUUUUUGGCGGCUCGGGUUAUCUAGUAUCAUCUUUCUACCCAUCUCUAUGGCCUUGUUUGAUUAUUAUGCGAUGGGGAUUGCGAAGCUGAAUGAUGUUGAAUUCUUUAAUGACCUUGAGAGAUUCCUUGUGCUCUUGUUUUCUUCUAGUGAGAGUAUUGUUGAUAAGGCGCAGGAGAGCCUUGAGGGCUCCCUCGUAUCUCCAUGA